AUUAAAUUUUGGAGAGAUGGCUGACUUAGCGAGUUUCGAUGGCGAUGCUGGUUCUGAUAACUCAGAGAAUGCCAUGCAAUAUCAGCAAAAUACAGACAGUGUCUACAAAAAAGUUCAUAAAGAUCAAGAAGAUCUACUAAAGGAAAUGAUGUUAAAUUCUCAACAGAAUCUUGAAAAAUGUAGCAAGCUAGAAGAGGAAAAUAAGAACUUUUUCGAACGCAACAGGGAUCUCAAAGAGAGUUUGUAUUCCUUAGCUGAGAAAGUCGAUAAGCGAGACCAAGAUCUCUCUGAAGUUGUAGACAAAUUAACUGAACUUGAAAAUGAGCUAGAGUUGUCAAAAAUAGAAAACAUACAGUUGAGAAGCCAACUCGAACGCAAGGAAAACAUAGAACAUAAGAAGAGGAAGACCCAUACUCAUACCUCUUUUAUGCAAAAAUAAUGAGAGUUCUGAUGAAGAAGAGGAAGAACGCAAGUCAAUGAACUAUCGAUCACAAGCUACCCAUAAAAGUGUCAGACUCAGCAAACAAGAUAUGUCCAUUCUAGCCAUGAGUGAGAAUAAAGAUGACGUUAACGAUAAGUUCUCUGGAAAAGUUACUGAAAUCAAAGAGAUGGUCCUAGGCAUUACAGAAAACAUGACUGAAAGUUUCAAUGGUAUCAAAGCUAUGGUUGAGGAGCAGGAUAAAGAAAUCCUUGCUAACCAUAAAAUGCUUCUUAGAAUUGACAAUCAGAUUAAGUCAGUCUGAAAUGAGUUAGCCCACUACAAUAUGACAAAGGAAGAGCAUGAGUUAUUAAUCAACGAAUUGGUAAAAGAGACUCAGGAGAAUCACAAAGCUUUGCUGGUCAUGAAAGGAGCGCUAAACUCAGCAAGAACACUACAAACCAGCACCUCUAGAGUGACAGAUGUCGGCCAAAAUCAAUUGUCAACUCCAACUGAUGUCAAGCCUGUUAAUGAAAACAUUGAUCCAAAGAGAGGUUCAGUCCUUGAGAUUAGCGAUUUCAAUGGAAUAGAUAAUGAUGUCGGCCUCGGAGACGGCAUCCUUGAAGAUCUUGACCAUGUUGAAUCUGAAGAGGAAAUUAGGAGCCAAUCAUUUGAAGAUGAAGAAGAAGAAAUAGAUGAAAUAAAUAUAAAGCCAGAACAAGAGGAAAACAAGAUAAAGGAAACUGACUCUCAGCAUAAAGAUUCUGACCAAAUGCAAUCAGCUGAGGAGAUGGACGUUGUAGAGGAUUCUAAAGCAGAUCGUGAAAAAGAAAUGGAAGACAAAUUCAAAAAGGUGUUAAGGCCUCUCAACUCAAUGAUGAGCUCAACUUCUAGCUUAUCUAAGAAGGCUAGCCUGCUCAAUAAAGAAGCCAAGCAGGAUAGCUCGAUGCGCAGAUCAGCAACAAUUGACAGUUCUAACAGGUAUCAAUACGGUCGUAAUUCGGUUACUCGAUCAACUCUUGUGAUGGAGAAGAUCAUGGAGGAUAGAUACACUAGACUAAAUUCUGAUAAAAAGAAGAAACCAAUGUUUUUGAUCAAUGAAACCACGGAUAGUGAGGAAACUGGAGAGAAGAAAUACCAACACGAACCGAUGGACGAUUUUCAGAAACUGAAGAAAGAAUAUUUCAAACUGACUAUCAUUAUCAAAGCAAUGCAAGAGAGGAUCAGAAGAGAAGAUUAUAAUGUUGAAGAGAUAUGGGCAAAAGUAGGAUAUGACCUAGAUAUCGACCAAUAUUCUUCCUUUGUAGCAAAUCAUCUUGAUGAAGUUAAAGAAGAUAUCCAUAGAAGAAGAACUCAAGAUGCUAGUACAGAAUUCUCAAGCAGGACUUCUAAAAGAAUGAACGCAGAAGAGUACUCAAACUUAGCUGAAAUGAUAUCAAUCAAGGCUGAGAUCUAUCAGAACAUCCUAAAGCAUCAAGCAAAAUACAAAAGGCAAAUCACAGGAUCUUCAUUGGCUGAUAUUGACUCUGAGGAAGAAGAUACAGAAGAUGAAUACGACGAUAUCUUUGAAGAUAGCCAUCCUUUGAUAAGACAUAUUAAAUGGGCUUAUUACUCUUUCUGCAGAAAAGGAAGAGAUCUUUAUAGGUACGUUAUCUAAAAGUAAUCUGGCUGUGUUCAACAAAAGA